AAUAUUCAACUGGAGAUACCUUACUUUUUUAUCGUUCCGGCUGCUGUAUUAUCCGAUUCUUGUGUGUUGGUUGGUAUAUCGGAAGCUUUAGUGCAAGAUGUUCGAAGAAAAACUUAUAGCAGAGAUUGAAAAACACAACUGCUUGUGGGACAAACGACAGCUUAGUUACCGCGAUCGGGUGAAGAAAGAUUUGGCUUGGCGAAAUGUAGCUGCUGCUGUGGGACAUCCUGAGGAAAACUGCCGAAAGCGAUGGAAAUCGUUAAGAGACCGAUAUGGAAUAGAAUUGAAGGUUGAUCAACAACCUAGCGGAAGUGCUGCGUCGUUUUUGAAAGACACGGUCACGCCCAGACAGACAACAACAAACAUCGUCUCCCAAACGCCAGAAGUUCUCGGACAAGAACCAGAUAUACUGGAUACUUCCUUUGGAUUCCAAAUAGGCGAGAGUGGGAACAUUAUAAUAGAAGAGCAAGAAACCACUGCCCCAACGCCGGCUAAGAGACAAAAGAAAAAAAAAACGAUGAGAACGCCGCCUUUAACGAUCUAGUCAACGAAGUAAGUCAGUUUGUGGAUAGUCAAAAAAAAACACACAACAAUUUCUUGGGUGCGAUUGGCGAAGUGUUUGAGAAGGUCCCAGAAGAGAGCCGCCUAGAUUUUCAAAUGGACGUACUUCAAUACGUCUAUGCUCAAUAUAAAAAUUAUAAAAAUUGAAUUUACGAAAUUUAAAAAUUUAAAUGACAUCCAGUUUGAAUUCAAUUUUGCGAACUUUAUAUGUAAUCUAAUUUAGUAUGAAAUCUGAUUUUGAUUUUGCGAAUUAAAUAUGUAAUCGAAUAUAUAUGUAAUAUAUAAUAUAUAUAUGUAAUGUAAUAAUAUGUAAUAAAUAUGUAAUCGAACCUGAAAGAUGUGACGACAUUUAAAACAUUACCAAUAAGUGCCCUCAUAC